AAACAAGUAUAGUGGGAAAGUCAAAAUCCUAAAAGCAGCCCAAAGAAACCGAAAACAGGUGAUUUUCCGGCGGAAAUGGCGAAGCAAGCCGGAGGAGCCGGUGAUUUUCCCGGAGAAUCAGCAGUAAUUUCCACCAAUGAAAAGGUGGAUGUGAAUCUUUUCUAUGAAAAACUAGACAAACUGAACGAGUCGUCUGGCCUCACUUUACUCUUCAAUUUUCGUCAAGCAAUGUUGGAUUUGCAUCGUUUCUACAUGGAAGUGAUCAAACGAGGAGGAUUUUAUCAGGUGACUAAAAAGGGAAAAUGGGAUGAUGUUGCACUAGUAUCAAACUCGAGAAGCCGUGUAUCCAUGUCAGCAGCUCAACUUCAGAAGAUUUAUGAAAUGCUGAUUCUCCAGUAUGAACUAAUGUAUUGUCGCAAGAUGCCCAAUCAAUGGCCUGCCAAAAAUUCUCAAGGUACUUUUGGCUGUGUGGCGAGUCCAAGCUGCUCAACAGGAAAGCGGAAGCAUUGUGACAGCUCGUCUCCAUUUUCAUCAGUUCGUCUUUUUGAUCAAGAUGGCAGGACAGAGGAAAAGGAUUGCUGUGAAGGCCAGGAGACGGUUAACAAGAAUUCAACGAUGAUUAUAUCUGCAAACUCAAAUGUUAAAAAAAUCAUCGUGGACGUCCCUAAAGCACCUCAGAAGCCAAGGACUGGGUAUCACAUAUUCCUUAGAUUGGAGACUCAUAGACUAAGGGAGAAUCUUGGAGAAAGAUCAAAUUCCCAUAAUCUUCGGGACAUGGCUGUUGCUGCAUGGAGACGUCUACCUGAGAAAGACAAACUGCCAUAUAUUGAGGCCAGUAAAAUGGACAAGGAGAGAUAUGAACAAGAGAUGGCUGCCCAUAUGCAGAAGGGCAAGAGCCAAGCUUUGCUCAGCACCACAACACCUAAGGAACCACCCGCAGAUGAUGUUUAUCAUGUGUCCUUCGAAGAUGACUCCGAAGACCUCCAUUCACCUGAUGAAUCAGUGGUCGGAUUGGCAAUUGAGGCGAUGAAGAAUGCUGGAUCCAACGACUCCGUCUUUCAGAUUGAUUGGGACAACGGCCCUCCCGCCAUACGUAAUUAGAUGAACUAUGGCAAGACCCUCUAAGGUGCUAGCUAGAUUAUGUGAAGUAUGUAUCUUUUUGCACUUUUGUUUUAAGCCUUCCUGGGAAAAGUUUUUUUUGUAUAUAAUGGCUUCUCAGAUGCAAUGUAGAUAUGGUUGUAGUAGCUAUUUCGAUGAUCAUGAAAAAUUAUAAAUCAAAUCCAAUGAGAUGUGUGACUGUUGCUGUAAAUAGCUUAUCUAUGUAAGUUUGGUCUUUCAACUUA